AUAUCACAUUUAAAAUAUUUCAUAGCUUCGCAAAUGCCGAUAUCAGUGCUGUUCAAGGACCCUUUUAUAAAUGUCUUGACAAUGAAACACGAAAAAUUCAUGAAAUGGCUUUGACUGGAAUGUUUGUUGCCGCUGCAAUCAAAGAACUUCGUGCAGUGGUUCUUCCAUUUAUGGCAGCAUUGGUAAGACAUUAUACAAUGGUUGCUGUUAGCCAGCAGUGUGGUCCAUUUGCAUCAAUGGGAAGACAAAAUAAAUUGCAAGGUAUGGAUCCAUUAGUAUUGGUCGAUGCAUUAGUAGCAAUAAUGGGCCAUGAAGAAAAGGAACUCUGUAAACCUGGUCAUCUCGCUUUGAUGAUCAUUUUAGAUACAGCAACAAUUAUCCUGUCAUCAAAAGAAAGAGCUUGCAAGUUACCAUUUUUGGAAUAUCUUGCAGAAAGAAUGUGCUCUUUGUGCUAUGAAAGAGCUUGGUAUGCAAAAUUAGGAGGAUGUAUUUCAUUGAAAUUCUUAUUCGAACGGAUGACAUUAAAAUGGGUAUUUGCUCAUCAGUACUUAUUUUUGAGAGCUUUAUUAUUUGUCAUGAUGGAUUUAACAGGAGAAGUAUCGAGUGGUGCAGUAGAUAUGGCAAAAUCUAAUCUUGAAAAAAUGCUUACACUUUGUGGGACACCUAUUAUUCCUGAUGGAACAAAUAAAGAACUUAUUGAUGCACAAACAAAAUCACUUCAUGAAGUUAUUCAAGAAUUGGUUCGUCAAGUAACAUCUCCUAAUACAUGUGUACGAGAACAAGUAUGUAUAAGCACGAAAUUAAUUGGA